AUGGCCGAACGACUUCAGUUGGAAAUCGGCUGCCAUGCUUACGUCGAAGGCGUGGAAACGUCAUAUGGAUACAUCCCUACACUAGGAGCCGGCAUCGCAUACUGCACACUCUUCGGUCUCUCGAUGAUCCUGCAUACAGUGCAAAUGACCUGGAAGCGAACAUGGUGGACAAGCGUAUUCAGCAUCGGAUGUUUAGUUGAAGUAAUCGGCUGGGCCGGCCGCACCUGGUCAUCCAAAUGUCCAUAUAAUUCAACCGCAUUUCUAAUGCAAAUCUCCACCCUCAUCAUCGCUCCGACCUUCUACACAGCCGGCAUAUACAUCCUCCUAGGUCGUUUCAUCCAAAUCCUCGGCACUGAAUCCUCAAUCCUAAAGCCAAAGCUCUACCUCUGGAUCUUCUGUACCUGCGAUGUAAUCUCGCUCGUCAUCCAAGCCGUCGGCGGCGGCAUAGCCUCCGGAGAAGCCGGCAAGAUUGACGGCGAUACAGCGCCAGGAACGCACAUCAUGGUUGCUGGCAUUGUCUUCCAGCUAUUCUCGAUCACCAUCUUUGUAUUUUGCGCUGCGGACUUUGUCCGUCGCACGAUGCGCCACCGAUUGUUGCAGUCGCUUACUGGCUCGGUUAUUCCUUUGUUUGCUGCGAUGGUGCUGUCGAUUGUUUGCAUCUAUAUCCGGAGUAUUUAUCGGACGAUUGAAUUGUCGCAGGGUUGGUCCGGGUAUCUCAUUACCCACGAGAGCUAUUUUAUUGCGCUUGAUGGUGCUAUGAUGAUUGUUUCUGUGGCGGUCUUCAAUGUGCUUCAUCCUGGUUGGUUGUUGCCCGGUGGGAAGACUAUUUCGUCCAAGACCGAGAGGUCUUCUACUGAUGGGCUGGAAAUGAAUCGCUCUGUUGAUGGGUCUGAGGGUAACCGUGGCCCUCCUCUUCAGUGGUGA